GGUGAGUACUUGAACUUUCGUCCUUCCCUCAUUUUCGCACAUGACAUCCCAACUCUGAUCAACAUCGUUCAUCUCAAAUCUUACCAGCUUUCCUUUCGUCUAUUGUGUUCUCCCAGAACUACGGAUACGGAUUUCUGGUCCAAAACAUGGCAGCAAAGCAAAGCAAGUCAGGUCCACCGGGCCCGCAGAUCGGAAUGUCGAGGGAUGGAGCCGGAGGGCAAGCAUUGCCCAUGAGUCGCAUUGAUUCCUUUCUUUUUUCUCCACACACAACCACAGCCGCUUUCACCAAGGACCAAUAUGUGCGGUACGAGGUACACGUACGUCUGUGGCCGUGCAGAAAGCAUCCCUCCGGAUUCAUCUCAAAAGUAAAAUUACUUACGCAUCCCGUACCUGGGAAAGCCACAUCAACCGUUACAGAAAGCUGCGCCCAUGACGCCAUGCUUUCGUCUGGUAGUCUUUCCCGUUUUUUUUUCUUGUACUCCAUACUCCGUACCACUUCUUCAUAUUCUUCAACCCCGGUAUACAAACGGCCCCGUUUGUACGCAGUCUCCGUAGCGAAGCGACAACACAGGCCCAGGCCCAGGCCAAGGCCCAUACGCAUCCCGACCUGUCGCGUCCCACGCUACGUUCCUUGGACGACCAUUGACUAUGGACCAGUGUUCGACACGAUACGGGCGAAAGACUAUCGGCGGGGAUUUGCAGCUUCCAACCAAGGUUCUUGGUGCACCCUCGUGUGUGGACCGGCUGUACGGCACAAUGACGGUAGAAUGCUACGCCGUACUGGACGGGCGGCCCGCUAGAACAUGAUUGGCCCGUACCUUGGUCAGAGAUAGAAAGAAGGCACAGCAAACGCUGGAUGGACUCUCCCAGCCCCUCCAAGUUGCCCGAGUUCUAACCAAAUGGUGGGAAAGAGGAAAGGUUUGGCACUUGGCAGUAGUCGUUGGUGGUUGCUUGCUUCCCUUCUCGUCUGCGUGUUUGCCUACAGUAGCGACUGCAGCCAAGCAGGCCCCCCAUUGCCCCAAGAUACCAGAUACCUGAUCCUCUCUGUAUCAAAAUAUCCCAUCGGGUGGACGUCUCUGUUUGUCACUCGUGUGUGUGUCGGGCGUACGCUAGCCAUUCUUCAGGAAGCACUACCCUCAAGCCGG